GGCUUAUCAACACAAAGCACAAUAAAGGACACAGAGGGUCGCGACUUUAGUGCACUGGCAGUGUUUGCUUAUUCCUUAGACUAUAUGAAGAGGAAAAUUAUUGAAACAAUUGGAGAAAAGUUUCCAGGUGUCAGGGAAGAUGAUAUACAUUAUGUAUUAACAACGCCAGCAAUAUGGAGCGAACAAGCCAAAUUGUUCAUGCGAAAGGCGGCAAAAAAUGCACACAUACCAACAGAAAGAUUACGUAUAGCACUUGAACCAGAGUGUGCGGCUGUCUAUGUUCACACAAAAGAGUUACCUGCUCUUGAUAUGAUGACACAAGAAGAAAGGGCGAUGAAACCAGGAUCAUGUCAUGUUAUUAUUGAUUUAGGCGGAGGCACUCUCGAUAUUGCUGCCCAUCGAGUUAAUGGUCAUUGCCAAUUUGAGGAGAUCAUUCCGCCUGACGGAGGUCCCUGGGGUGGAGACAACAUAAAUAUGAAGUACGAGCAGUUUUUAGUAAGAAUUUCGGGAGGUCCAGCAUUUGCAAAAUUUCGAGACAACCACAUGGAUGACUAUUUAACAAUGCAACGCCAGUUCGAAAACAAGAAAUAUUCCAAAGUCAUUUCGUAA